GGUAAACAUGGAUUCUCUUCUGUAAAUUCAUUAGUAGGUCGUGCUAGUCCAUCUCGUCUAAAAGUUUGUACUCGUAAAGGAACUUCAACAUGCUCUACCAUCAAAAGUCUCAUUUCUGAAAUGUGCCACAGUAAGAAUUAAACUCAAUUAUUUAGUCUGAUGUGACGUUGAAGUAUCUCGUCUAAAAGUACUUUCAAACCCCCAUCAUUAAAGAAAAGAAGUAACAAAUCUUUCUCAUUCUUUCUUCACCAUCUACUUGAAAUUCUUUCUUUCUCUGUAAAUCUUGAGUCUUUCUUACUUUUGCUUAGAUGUUUAUGCCUUUUGAUUAGUUAAAGAAAUAUUUACAUGAAAGAUCUACUUUUUCCACACUUCCUGUGUUUUCCUUGGGUUUAGGAAAGUGGGAGCCUUUUCUAGAUUCCUCACCUUAUGUGAAUAAGUUUUUUGUUUGAUUAAUUGCUUAUCUAGUCAUAAGGGACCUCCACUUGUAUGUGUGUACCUCUUUCAAUUGUCAAAUUCUUUUGCCUUGAAGGGGUUCACCAAGUCGCCUGUUAGAGUAGCUGCAAAAAAUGAACUGGGAAAUGGAACUCUUAUCUCCUGCAUCAUAUUUGAGUUCCUCAAAUUGGCCUUUUGAGGAGAACAAGGGGACAAAAUGGACACCUGAAGAGAACAAAAUGUUUGAGGAAGCUCUAGCAUUAUUCGACGAGGAUACUCCGGAUCGAUGGGAUAAUGUUGCAGCUAUGAUCCCUGGAAAGACUGUAAGUGAUGUGAUCAAACAAUACAUUGAAUUGGUAGAUGAUGUCAGUGAUAUAGAAGCAGGGCUUUAUCCAAUACCAGGCUAUACCAAUAAUAUUAAUUCUUUCACAUUGGAGUGGGUGAAUAGCCAUGGCUAUGAUGGAUUGAAACAUCUCUAUGGUCCUGGAGGGAAGAGGAAUUCGUUGGCUCGUUCUUCUGAUCAUGAAAGGAGAAAGGGAGUUCCAUGGACUGAGGAAGAACACAGGCAAUUUCUUUUGGGGCUCAAAAAGUAUGGAAAAGGAGACUGGAGAAAUAUCUCUCGAAAUUUUGUAACGACAAGGACUCCGACUCAGGUUGCCAGUCAUGCUCAGAAAUACUUUAUCAGGCAGCUUUCUGGAGGGAAAAAUAAAAGAAGGUCCAGCAUACAUGAUAUCACAACUGUCAAUCUUACAGAAACUGAAUGGACCUUACCAGAAGAAGAUAGGCCUCAUUCACCACAGAAACAGAAUCCGAAUAUGAAUGCCAAGAUCAAAGUAGAACGUGAUUCUACUAUGCCGAGUCAAGGAUUCAAUCUACCAAAUUGCAGCUCAAUCCGAACGCAUCUCAGAGGGACUGCUCCGUUUGGAUUAAAUCUGCAUGAUCUACAUAUGCAGAAUGUUACAUCGAAUGGACUCGAGUUUGGACAUCCCAGUGCAAUUUUUCAGGUGUAGCCCACCAUAUGAGUGAUUUCACAAUGCUGCUACAAGUAUGGUACAAAUUUGUAGGUGUUACAAAAUUUUUCUUUGGAAUAUUCAUGAUCUCCAUUUUAGAAAGUUAGAUACUCAACUCGAGUUACCUUGUGUCCUGAACUUUAAGUUGUCAGUUGUGUAUUGUUAAGGAUUUCAAGAUGCUGCAUUAGGAGAGACACAUUGUCAAGUAAAUUAUCCUUUUUAAGUUCACAGGGUAUGUAAAACUCCAGCUACAUGAAGGUUUUCUUAGAAUGAGUUCAGAGCUACGGAAGGUGUCGAUCGUGAAAGUUGCAACUAUCAUAAACAUUGUUGCUGUUUCGGCAUCUUCAAAGACCCUUUGUUA